GCGCGUUGACGGUGGUGCCGUCGGUGUUCAUAAAUUCGGCACGGUGUGCUCGCGGGUAGCCGGAGACGAGUUCAGUUCGCUUUUCUGUUGGCGGCCGCGUGCCGUUUUUUAUUGUUGUCGCUGUCGCUAAAUAACAAAUUUUACGUACACGUCAAUUUUUUUUCGAGAUACUUUUUGUUUAUUGCUCUCUGGGCAUUCGAUUUAUUAUCGUUACGCAGUUGUGAAAAAGAAAAUGUUUUUUUAAAGCGUAUCAAGCUCCACGAUAAGUUGUUCGACUUGACUGUUUCUUUUUGUUUGUCACGCACUCCCACUCACAGGAUCUGCCGCAUCCUCUCACUUAAGAGCCGUCAGUUAUCAGGUUUGCUUUUCGCGGAAACUACACUCAAGCACGUUUGUACACUACAUGAACUAAGGUGUAUUAAAAGGCUUACUACACGUCGUACCGGAACUAAGCAUUUGUGCUUACAACUACCAACGUGAAAUUAGAAAUCUAAGAGCAAAACUAUGUGGCUUAUUCAAGUAAAGGGAUGUUGGCUACAAUGACGACCAGCGUCACUUAAGUAACUGGUUAUGCUCGGGUCGGCGAACCCGGAUGUCACUUAAAUGGACGGCAUCAACGUCACGGCCGUAACCGACUUCAACGGAUCUCUGGUGUCGUGGCCGAAGAACUCGACAUCCUCCUACACGGCGUUAGAAGCUUUUGCAAUUGGCUCCGUACUUUUCCUGGUAAUUGUGGUCACCAUUGUGGGAAACAUAUUGGUCUGUAUUGCGGUGUGUCUAGUACGGAAACUUCGGAGACCUUGUAACUACUUACUAGUCUCUUUAGCCGUAUCUGAUCUGUGUGUGGCUAUUCUCGUUAUGCCACUUGCUCUACUGUACCUCGUGUUAGGCAAAUGGCCGUUUGGCAAAUUCAUGUGUGAUCUUUGGGUUUCAUUUGAUGUCCUCUCGUGUACUGCUUCCAUUUUAAACCUAUGCAUGAUAAGCGUCGAUCGUUAUUAUGCAAUUACUAAGCCGUUAGAGUAUGGUGUAAAGAGAACGCCUCGAAGGAUGUUAGUUUGUGUUUUACUUGUUUGGUUGGGAGCUGCUUGUAUAAGUUUGCCGCCAGUUCUUAUACUAGGGAAUGAGCAUUCCAUAGUAGAUGGUGUGCCGCACUGUAUUGUGUGUCAAAAUUCCGGCUAUCAAAUAUAUGCGACGUUGGGUUCAUUUUACAUACCUUUAACUGUGAUGAUUACAGUUUAUUAUAAGAUUUUCCAAGCUGCUCGUAAAAUUGUGCUUGAAGAGCGAAGGGCCCAAACCCACCUAGAAAAUAGUCACUGUUAUCUGGAAAUCAGUGUCAAAAAUGGUGUUGGUCCGGUGGAGUCAAAGAUUGCAUUGACCGAACGCAAUAAACAUGGUCAUAGAGCAAGCAGUAGUGCAAGUACCGUUACCACAUAUAGUGGAAUCGGAAGCAGUAUAACUAGGGAUUGUCGAUGUUGUUCAAUGGUCCGGCGAUCCCUAGGUGAAUAUCAAUGUCCAGUUCUUAUGGUAGUCCCUAACAGUAACGGCAAUAAUAAGAAAUCAGUGAAUGCAUCGAAAAAACAAGAAACUGGUGGAAAAAAGCUUAGGUUUCAAUUGGCAAAAGAACGAAAAGCAUCCACCACACUUGGUAUAAUAAUGAGUACAUUCACGGUGUGCUGGCUACCAUUCUUUGUACUAGCUCUGGUUAGGCCAUUUUUAAGCGAUCCUUCUAGUAUACCCAGUUCUUUGAGUAGCUUGUUCCUAUGGUUGGGUUAUGCAAAUUCGUUAUUGAACCCUGUAAUUUACGCUACACUGAAUCGCGAUUUUCGAAGACCGUUUCAACAGAUACUUUAUUUCAAAUGUGGUUCACUAAAUCACAUGAUGCGUGAGGAGUUCUAUCAUUCUCAGUACGGCGAUCCUGAACCACAACACUCAACGCACUAUUGUGUAAUUCCAGGAGAACCCACAUUCGCCCCACAUUACACGUCUCCAUCAAAACAGCAACUAGAUGAAACUUUGGCAGUUUCAACAGAUAUUAGUCAACAGACUAUGGCGUCUGAAUCAUUUCUUUAGUAAUAAGUUGGUAAAGUUAUAGAAAUAUUCAGAGAAUAAUUGAGUUUACAAUUAUUUUUGUAAUAUAUCAUUAAAUUUGUAUAUAAGUAGUUUACUAAGUAACUACAGGACAAAAUAGAGCUACAAAAAAUAAAGCGCUUUAAAUAAUACGUUAAGAACCACCAGUCACAUUACAAAUUAUCUUAAGUAUACACUGUAUAAUUUCCAUAAAAUUUAAGUGUCUAUAAUGAUCGUUAACAUGUUCUAUAAUGUUAAUGGAAAAUAUUGUACAUAACGAUUCUUCUUUAUUGUAAAUUACAGAUAUUAAAUAUUAUGGGUAACUGACAUACAUUUUAUACUUUACUUUAUUCGUCCAUGGGUACCCUAGAUCUCUUUUGUUGUAUUAAGUUAUGAUGUAUUUCAAAAAGUACUUGAUUAUUAUUUUAACAACUAUGUAACUGUAAUGUUAAUUAAUAUAUAUUUUUUUAUUAUGAUAACAAGUAUUAUUGAAUAACUUUAAUUUUAAAAUUUUACUUUGGCAUUUUAUCUCGAAUAAGAAUUACGUAGUAAUGUAAACCUAACAAACUUAAUUAAUACAGUAUUAGAAUUUUUAACACCAUUUUUAGAAUAUUUAAAUUAAAAUCAAGAAAUUUACUUAUAUCGCACCUGAUUAUAAUGUAAACCAAAUGACCACUUUGUAAUUUUGCAAUAUUCAUAUUACUAAUUCAACUUUAUCAGAUAGAAUUGAAAAAUAUAUUUCUGUGGUUAUUUUCUAAAAGCUGAUGUGACUUUUAGAAAUUUUUGAGAAAAAUAAAAAAAAAUUUUUCAUUCAAUGGCGUAUUAUAGAAAAUUUAAUUUUUGAAGUGUAAAAACGAAUUCUUUUGGUAAAUUUUUUUUAAUAAUUUUUUGACGUGUGAAAGAAACACAUUCUCUUCUAUGCAAAUUAUAAAAAGUUCCAUAAAUUUAUUUUAUGAUUUAUCAGCUUUUGAGUAUGAACCACAGAUUUCAUUGUUUAAAAGAGGUAGAUUAUCUUUUAAUGAAACAGUUAAAUGUAUAAUUAUCUGUAUAUUAAUUGGGGUGACUAAUCUACAAAAACAUUAAAUAACAAUUUUUGACUACAGUUAGUAUAUUUUUGUUACUGAUAUAAUUUACUUGUAAAAUAAUUAUUUAAUGAACGUUAUAUAUUCUAUUGUUUUUCUGAAUUACUGCAUAUUAAAUUUAGUUAUAAUAUGUACAUAAUGAAAUAAAUAAAUAAUUGAAU